CGCGUGCGCCGCGCACAGCCAAAACCCCGGGGCGCGGGCGGAGCCCCCACCCAAAACCCGCCGCCUCUCCGCCUCCACCUUCGCGUGCUCUCUCCGUCCUGACAUCGUAGCGUAGGAGCAAAAAAAAAAAAAAAAAAAAAAAAAAAAAACGGCAAACGACGCGCGCGCCGCCUCUUCGUAACACCACUCUGCCGCCCCCUCGCUCGUUCGAUCGCCCUGUGAGCUUAUCCGACGCCGUGGUCACUUGAGCCCCGAUGGAGUUUGCCGCCGGCGCUGCGGUGGCCCCGCGCCCGAUGCCCGCCGGGCCCGGCCGAAACCGCCGGGUGGGCGGUGGAGCGAUCGGCAUCGGUUGGGCCCGCCGCGCGACCGCGCCGGGGCUCUCGCUGGCUCCCGCCGUCGCGAGACGGGCGGCCUCCGCGUCGGGAGGAGGCCACGGGCGCGUCGUCGUUCGCUCAACCGGCGGCGGCUGUCUGUGGUUCCGCGGCGAGGGCGCCGACGGUGAUCGAUCAUCCCUGGCGCGCGCGUCUCCGUCGGAUGGCGCGGCUCCUGCGCGUUCAGUUCGGGAACAGACUAUAGGAAUUAAGAAGGAGCUCUUCAAUCUGGCCGUUCCAGCCAUAGUUGGGCAAGCGAUCGACCCCGUGGCGCAGUUACUGGAAACCGCAUAUGUUGGCCGCUUAGGUCCUGUGGAGCUGGCUUCAGCAGCCGUCGGUAUGUCAGUAUUCAACAUUAUAUCAAAGCUCUUCAACAUACCCCUCCUAAGUAUCACAACAUCAUUUGUGGCUGAAGAUGUGUCAAAACAUGACUCUUCACAGUAUGCUUCGGGAAAUAUAUCUGGCAAGGUUGGAGAAAGGAAGAGGCUUCCUUCAAUUUCUUCUGCUUUACUCUUGGCAGCUGCAAUUGGUGUCAUUGAAGCCUUGGCUUUGAUUUUGGGGUCUGGAAUACUCCUCAACAUUAUGGGUGUCUCACAUGCAUCAGCUAUGCACAAUCCAGCAAGGCUAUUUCUUUCUGUAAGAGCACUUGGUGCUCCUGCUGUUGUUGUUUCAUUGGCUAUCCAAGGUGUGUUUCGUGGACUCAAAGAUACAAAAACACCUCUACUUUAUAGUGGUUUGGGUAACAUCUCAGCUGUGGUUCUGCUUCCUUUUUUCGUGUAUUCCUUGAACCUUGGAUUGACUGGAGCUGCACUUGCAACUAUUGCUUCACAAUAUAUUGGUAUGUUUCUGCUUCUUUGGUCUUUAAGCAAGAGAGCAGUUCUAUUACCACCAAAAAUGAAAGACCUAGAGUUUGUUGGGUACAUAAAAUCCGGUGGCAUGCUGUUAGGGAGAACCCUUUCAGUUCUGAUAACAAUGACUCUCGGGACUGCAAUGGCUGCUCGGCAAGGCACAGUAGCGAUGGCCGCUCAUCAAAUAUGUCUGCAAGUUUGGCUGGCUGUAUCAUUACUUUCGGAUGCAUUGGCUGUUUCUGCCCAGGCACUGAUUGCAAGUUCAUUUGCCAAACUUGACUACGAAAAAGUGGAGGAGGUCACAUUCUAUGUAUUAAAGGCAGGAGUGUUCGUUGGUAUCGCUUUAGCACUUCUUCUGUUUGUCUCUUUUGGUAGACUUGCAGAAAUAUUCUCCAAAGACCCCAUGGUUAUACAAAUUGUGAGGAGUGGUGUUUUGUUCGUUAGUGCUAGCCAGCCUAUCAAUGCCCUCGCUUUUAUCUUUGACGGACUCCAUUUUGGUGUCUCAGACUUCUCGUACUCAGCUUCCUCCAUGAUGGUAGUUGGAGCAAUAUCCUCUUUGUUUUUGCUGUGUGCUCCACGAUUUUUCGGGCUUCUUGGUGUUUGGGCUGGCCUGGCUCUUUUCAUGAGUUUGCGCAUGACUGCUGGAUUUAUGAGAUUGGGAUGGAGAGCAGGGCCUUGGUGGUUUUUGCACAGAAAAGAACCCAAAUACAGGCUGCAAUGAACAAAAUGUGGAUCUAUGGAGCCGAAUAACCAAAUGGCGAGAUUAGGAUGGAGGAUACAAGUUAUGAAGGCACACUACAAUGGCGAAACAUACUUUCAUGUUGACUCCCGUGUAUGUUUUAACCAGUUCGGUUAUUCUAAUUCCAUGUGUGGUUUGGAAUGUAUUUUGACUUGUUAUGGAUUUCAACCAACUUAGGUUUUGUUCGGUUAAUCCCGUUACCUAUGGAUUGGAUGAGAUUGGAAAAAAAUAAGAAGUUUGACUUACUUGGGAUUUAAACUCAUCCAAUCCCACUUAAUCCACAUGGAUUGAGAGCUAACCGAACAAACUCUCAAUAUCAGUCAAUCCACAUAGAUUAACGGUGAAACGAACAAGCCCUUAAGGCUUGUUCGGUUAGCUCUCAAUCCAUGUGGAUUGAGUGGGAUUAGAUGAGUUUGAAUCCCAAACAAGUCAAACUUCUUAAUUUUCUCCAAUCCCAUCCAAUCCAAAUGUAUUGAGAAUAACCGAACAAGCCCUUAGCCCUUAGGUGGUUUUAGAACUUGGAAUUUGAGAGUAAAGCUACAUUGGACAAAUUUUCGCUUGUAUGUGUCACAUAGGCGAUGAUUGUUCAGUAUCUCUAUCCUCUCUGUCAAACUCUAGAUUGAAUAUUGCAGAUUUAUUUAGACA